CCGUAAACACGCUAGGCUGAAGCAGAUAAAACAAACAGCUAGAUUUUCAUUGCCUUCGCCAAUAUGUCCAAACUACAGUUGCUGAAUGUGUUCGUCACGGAGCGUUUGUCGGCGGCUGCUGCGCAGAUAUUCGAGGCCGUAGAGAAGACCAUAGCAGAGUAUCAGGAAGAAAUAUUCCGUUCAGCAGAGGAGAACGAGCGUCUACGGAGGGAGAUGGACAUGGUUAUUAAACAAGAUAUAAAGUUACACAGAACAGACUUCCAGUUACUCACUCCCUCUGUUCCCCCUGAGCAGCAGAACUGUAAGCAGGAGUGGAACCCCAGUCUGGGGCAGGAGGACCCAGAACCCACACAGAUUAAAGAGGAACAACAGGAGCUCAGACUCAGUCAGGAGGACUCACCUCAGCCCUCACAUCUUUACCAAAACCAAACUGUGGAUGACGGAAAGCGGGGUAUUCUACCUAUCAUCAUAAUUGAAGAGAUUAAAACAGAACCUGAUGGAGUGGGCUACAAAGUACCAGAACCAACCAGUGAUCAGCCCCUCUCCGUUCAUCCAGACUGCUCUGCUACAGUGGAAAAACCAUAUUGGUGUAAACAAUGUGGCAAAAGCUUUACACGUAAGGGAAACUUGAUCUUGCAUUUAAAGAUACACACAGGAGAGAAACCUUUUCUGUGCAAACAAUGUGGCAAAAGGUUUAACCAGAAGAGCAACUUGACCAUCCAUUCAAGGACACACACAGGAGAGAAACCUUUUCUGUGCAAACAAUGUGGCAAAAGGUUUAACCAGAAGAGCAACUUGACCAUCCAUUCAAGGACACACACAGGAGAGAAUCCCUAUCAGUGCAAACAAUGUGGCAAAAUGUUUAACCAUAAGAGCAACUUGACCAGCCAUUCAAGGAUACACACAGGGGAGAGACCCUAUCAGUGCAAACAAUGUGACAAAUCCUUCAACCAGAAGAUAGAAUUGACAUCGCAUAUGACAGCUCAUACAGGGGAGAAACAAUAUAGGUGUCCUGUAUGCAGGAAAAGUUACAUCACAUUGAGCUAUUUAAGACUUCAUCAGUGUGUUCACACAGGGGAGAAAUCUUACCAGUGCAAAUAAUGUGGCAGAUGUUUUAGUUAUAAACAUAGCCUUACAUGACAUUUGAGCAGUCACACUAAAGGGCAUACAUGAUAUUACUGCAGUGAGUACAGCAAAAGCUUCCACCUGAAGUGAAAGUGAAAACAACAUGAUACAUUUAUAUCAUUGUGGAUUUCUUCUCACAUCCAACUUGUAAAUAAAUGUUAUGUUCUAUUUUCUGGCACUUGACAACAAAACAAAUUGAGUUGUGUGUGGAGUGAAAAACAUCAGUCAGUAUCAGAUUGGUAAAAUUAAUCUAGCUUUCACUUUCAGGGACCUACAGUGCAUUCGGAAAGUAUUCAGACCCCUUGACUUUUUACAUUUUGUUAUGUU